ACGACUCUAAGCUUCACACACUUCAUUCCUAUCGUUUUCUCCGUUGAUGAGUGUGAGAUCCCAUAAAGUUGAGCCUGUAAAAGGGCAAACAUUACUUACGAGUAGCAAGACCAAACAAGAUGUUAAACCUUCUUUGGUUUCUCCACCAUCAUCGAUCAUGGAGUCUAGAUCUCUAUCCAUUAGCCCAAAAACAUCAAGACGUGUUGCUUCGUUGGCCGAAGAUAUACAAAGUGCUCACAGAGAACGAACAAAGAUCUCAAGUUCGAACUGCGACAAAUGGACAGGAAAUUUCAUUUUCAUGCUCGAGCUUCGAAGGAAGAUUCUAACAUUCAGAGGCAUCAUUAACCUUCCUCAUCUCACCGGUUAUCUUUCCAUAACCAAUAUGGUGAUGCGUACCAUGGAAGAUCUUCACAAGCUUUGUCCUGAGAUUGUUGGGAGCUCGUGCCUCUUGGAUAUAAGACAUGCAAAUACAGAUAAGCAACAGUUGCUUGACCACUUUUACAACACUUUGAAGUCGAUUGGAGAUUCAUGGAUCGAUGAUCACGAAUGGAUCAUGAAAUCCAAGUACAGGAACAGUACUAUUCCUAGGAAGAAUCUGUCUGAUGAACUUGGUGAGGAGUGUAGUCAAGAAGUAGCUUCAUUGCUAAGGCGUCGGUUAACAUAUUGCCGGAUCGAAAAAUUGGGAAAACUUUUAGCUGCAUUAGAUGGACUGAUUACUGGGAGCAACGAGAUGCUCAACAUGACUGAGAUCAACAUUGAGGAACAGAAUAAAAAGGUUAUUACUCCUCCUCGGAGUAAAACACCUAGCAAGCGAGCCUCAUUGCCAUCAGAAUCAUUCACUAAGCAACCGAUCACGCCAAGAACGGUGCUGCAUCCACCAAGUAAAGUUGGAGAGAUUAAAAUCUCUGUUUCAAAUCUUCCAAGACAUGUGAGAAUGCAAGCGCUUGUAAUACUGAUUCCCAUCAAUGUGAAGCUAUUCACUAUUCAAAAAGGUAUGUGCCAGAAAGAAAAUCAUGGUGAUAAUGAGAGUGUUAAGGAGAAGCAGAAGAGAGAAACAACAGAGAGGGUUCAGAAAAUGGAGGAGAAAGCAAUUACUGAGGAUAAAGAUAGUAUUAAGAGUCAAACUGAUGAUAAAAGCUACUCAAAAGGUUCAGAGAAAUCUAAAACUGUUCUGGAAUCUUUGGCUUUAACUCCUCAACCUCCAGGGGCUGCAUCACUACUGCCACCACAGCCACUUCCAAUGGCUACUGCAAAAAAGUCAGCAGCACCUCCUCCUCACCCUCCAGGGGUUUCAGCACUACUGCCACCACAUCCACUUCCAACGGCUCCCGGAAAAAGAACAGGGGCUCCUCCACCACCACCGCCACUUCGCUUGGGAGCCAAGAAAGCAACUGGUAAACUGAAGAGAUCAACCAAAUUAGGGGAACUUUACAGAUUUCUCAAGGCGAAAAUCGAAGGGAAGGAUCCAAAACCAAGACUACGUGGAGUGGGAGUAGGAAGCAAAGGCGUUGGUGGAAAGCAAGGAAUGGCCGAUGCUCUUGCUGAGAUAACAAAGAAGUCACCUUACUUUCAGCAAAUAGAAGCAGAUGUGCAAAUGUAUAUGAAAGCAAUCAAUGAGCUUAAAGCAGAGAUCUCCAGUUUCAAGAGUAUUGACAUGACUGAGCUUCAGAGGUUCCACAGGUAUAUAGAAUCAGUGCUUGAGAAACUAACAGAUGAAAGACAGGUUCUAGCGAGAUGUGAAGGGUUCCCGGAGGAUAAACUUGAUGCUAUAAGAAUGGCUUCUGCGUUGCACUCAAAGCUGCAGGGUAUGAUCAAAGAGCUCAAGAACUGGAAGAUUGAGUCUCCAGCGAACCAACUCUUUGACAAGACUGAACGUUACUUUGCAAAGAUCAGAAGAGAGAUUGAAACUCUAGACCAGAUCAAAGCAGAAGAGGAAAAGAAGUUCAAGAGACAUAACAUCCCUUUCGACUUCAGUAUCCUUACUCGGAUCAAGGAAUCAAUGGUUGACAUCUCAUCAGGUUGCAUUGAACUUGCUUUAAAGGAGAAAAGAGAAGCAAAGAUUGCAUCACAUACUGCAGAAUCGCGCAAGGCAAAGCGGAGCAUGAUCAAGAAUAAGACUGUAGGAUUUGCUAAAACGUUGUGGAAAGCAUUUCAUUUUGCAUACAGAGUUUACAUAUUUGCUGGUGGACAUGAUGACCGAGCUGAUAAGCUUACCAGAGAGUUGGGUAGUGAGAUUGAAUUAGUCCUCAAAACCAAUGACUCAUGA